CAAAUACAGGAGACUGAUAAGAUUAGGGUAAACGAUUUUUUUUUUUUUGUCUUUUGUUUUUCAAAGAAACGGGGGGAUAUUCAGAUGGAGAGGGAGAGGUGGAAUAGCGCCAUCGCAAAUGGACACUACAGUUACGAUUCGAACGGGUAUUAUAGUCGGUUUUGCAAUGAUUAUAGGUUAUCGGACGGAGAUAAGGUUUCUUCUCCCACGUUACCUUCUGCUGGAUGCAUUGAACAUACCGUUUCCCGUUUCGAUACUCUCGCCGGCGUCGCCAUCAAGUACGGCGUCGAGGUAUCUGACAUUAAAAGGAUGAAUGGUCUGGCUACAGAUCUUCAAAUGUUUGCUCUUAAGACACUCCAGAUCCCUUUACCCGGCCGGCAUCCACCGUCAUCUAGUUUGUCUAAUGAUUCCACCGCAUCAGGACAAAGCAGUGGCAACCAAACCCCAAGACAUUUGCCACCUGAUUGGCUCGACGCAUUCCAGUCUUUGAAGUUGAGGAGUCCUCCAAAGGUCUCCCCGGCAAUGAGAUCGUUACAAGGUUACUAUGGCCUUAAAGCAACAGAAAAAAGGACGAUGUCCGAAGUUCUUGAAAUGGCAUUAUACAGGAAAGGAGAAGCCGAUUAUGUGGAUGAUGGAGAAGACAAAGACAGUGAAUCCGAAAGAGCCAACGAUAAACUGAUUAGAAGACGGCAAAAAUCCGAGGCCGACUUUACUGCCGGCCUGUUGAAGGAGGAAAACAGCAACAAUGGUGGAGGGUUUUCGUUAUCGAAACGAUCGACAACAAAAUCAAAAAAUGGAAGCCGCAUGAAUUCAGGGACAGUGGCAGAUGGUGAGAUGACGAGGUUCAAUCCUGCAACAACAAUCGGAGAAGAUGAAUACGUGAUUGACGGGUUUGAAGUGAGGAAGUCGUCAAGCUCAUCGUGUUUGCAUGAUGAUCAGGACAACAGCAGCAGUAUUGGCAGCAGUAGUUUAACAUCACUACUAUUGAUGGAUUUACAGGGACUGUCAACUGCAGGCAUUACGAGACCCAUUUUUGAUGGAUUUACGAACAUGUCAGCUCGUAAAACCAAAGCUGCGCUCGAUUAGCUUCACUAGCGUAGC